AUGCACCCCAGGAGCCUUGCCGAUGCCGAAGGGAAGCACAUCGACCCACAAAAGUUUCGGGAACACUUCGCGCUCGAAGGCGCGGACUGGUUCUCUGACCGACUGCUGGCCGUGUUUCUGGAGGAAGGAAAGGUCCGAUCAGGCUCGGAUGCGGGCAAGCUCGAUCUAGAGGGGUUUCGAGAAGGAGUGGCACUAACUGGGAGGAGCAGCCGGUCGGGGAUGGUGCAGGCGCUGUACAACAUCUGUAAUCCUACCGGAGCGUCUUCCUUGGAUCAACAGCAGCUCGCCCGGUUGUUCGAGGCGGCGCAUUGCUGCUGCACGGCGGCUUGGCGACGCUCACCCACCACCACAGACGACACCGCCACCGGUACCGCUAGCACCAGCACGAGCAUUCCGGAAGUAGCCAGCGGUUCUUCCUCAGAGAACAGCCAGUUUCGGUCCGACAAGCUCGCCGAGAGCGUUGCAAAUCACCUCGGCUCGGCAAGAAUGGGAGUUUCGCGGAUUGGACCGGGCGGGGGGGGUGAUGGGGAGGGAGGCGUAUCCCCUCAGGGGCUAAAGGCGUGGGUGUCGGAAAGGGCCCCCCUCUUGCACCACUGCCUGAGCACGUUUAUACACACGAGGUGCUUUCUUUACGGGGACGCCAGGAGCCUGGGGGUAGAAGCCCUGCCUUCGUGCGCGGCCAGCCUCCCGCCGUCGCUGGCCGUCUUCUCGCCUCCCCGGCCGCAGCAGCCGUCCUUCCUGCUGGACAGCCACCGGGCGGAAAUCUUCGGGCUGGCGCUGUCGACCAAGGCCCUGCAGGGGCCCUGGAUGAGGAUCUACAACAGCGAGGAGGACGGGUUGUCUUUUAACAGGUGGGGGGGGGGGGGGACUCCUGGGGCCAUAGAUGCGCCCCACGCUUUGCCAGGUUCGCCUGCGCGCGUCCCAAAGGUAACCCAGACUAAGGUUUUAGCUCGUCGCCUGUAAGGGCACUUGUGCCCUGACGGUACAUAUCUGUUGCAGCGCCGGACAUGUGCUGCU